AUGGCUCCAAGCGACGCAGCAAGCGAUCAGUUCGCCGUUCUGCCUAUUCGCAUGCCUCCCGUCCCUUCGUUUCCUCAUAGCGCGGUCCACGAAGUUCGCGUUCGUCGAAAUGCACCAAAGAUCCCUACCGCAAACGACUCGCGAAGUCUUUUCCUGAAGAAUAUCCCUGCAGAUAGUACCGAGCCUCACUUCAGGGCAGUAUUUACCAAUCUCGUAGGCGCUGGCCGCUUCGAAACCAUUUUAUUCGACGAUGAACCCACAACGGCAUUGCCUGUUGACCCAGCUCAGGCAACAAAGAUGCAAGGCUUCGCGCGAAAACGAAAGAUGACAGAUGUCGAAGCCGAGGAGAGGAACCGAGAGGAGCAAGCUGCCCAGCUGCCGCAGAUAUGGACAAGAAAAUUGCACAGGAGCAGUGGCACUGCGGUGGUCUUACUGGCCGACGAGAAGAGCCUCCAUUUGGUGCUCAGGGCGAUCGCAAAGGUCCAGAAAAGCAAAAAAUACCCCGUGUGGGGGGAAAAUCUGGCAGACAAAGUUCCAGAACUAGGAUCGUCGUGGGUAUUAAGACAUCUACAACUGUCCCGAGUUGAUAAAUCUGCCACCCAAGCGGCCGUCCACGCCUUCUUUCACGCAUACAACCGCAAGGAGAAGGAGGCUAUUGAAUUAGCCAAGAGGCUUCGCAACGAGCCCGACGAGGAUGGCUUCGUCACAGUCACACGGGGUGGAAGAGCGGCACCCGCCAGCCGCAGCGAAGCGGAAGAGGCAAAGCAGCGAAUGGCAGACAAGGCUGCCAAGAAGAAAUCCGAUUUGAAGAACUUUUACCGAUUCCAACUGCGCGAGGAGCGCAAGAAGGAGCAAGCAGCUCUUCUUCGACGAUUCGAAGAGGACAGACGAAAGGUUGAUGCGAUGCGAGAGAAGCGCGGCAAGUUCAAACCAGAGACCUGA